AUGGGUAGUUUAUCCGAGAAACGGAUAAAAGUUCGUUAUAGUAUCGUUCAAAAAACAGAAUGGACAGAUGACUCGUCUAAAUUUGGUCAGCGUAUGUUAGAAAAAAUGGGCUGGAAACAAGGCGUUGGCUUGGGUAAAGAAGAAAAUGGCCGGGUUGAACACAUAUCAUUAGCAUUUAAAGACAAUGUAAAAGGCGUGGGUUAUGUGAGAAAUAAAUACGAUGAUACAUGGGUGCAUCAUCAAGAUGGUUUCAAUAAUAUUCUUGAACAAUUAAAGCAAGAACAUUCCCCAACCAUAAAUCUAAAUACAUCUUCAACAGAACAGACGACGAACUUAGUUAAAAAAUUAGAUGCAACAAAAAGGAGAUUCAGUUAUAAGAAGCAAUCUCAUGGUAAAGAUUUGAGUAUGCGCAGUUCAUCGGAUCUCGAUUGUGUGUUUGGUUGGAAUAAAAUAAAACAAAUUAAACAAGAGGAUGAAAGAGCGGUUGCUAAUAAUAUAAUAGAAAAAAAAGAAUUAGAUGAAGAAAACAAAAAUAUUAUUGUUGAGAGUAUUGAUGUUCAGUAUGUGACAAGCAAACAAAGUGUUCAAGAUUAUUUUAAACAAAAAGCAAAACAAUUACUUCUAGCAAGACAACAGAAAGUGCAAGAACAAGAGAAACUAUUAGACGUAAACCGGAAUGAGGAUGAAGAUGAACUAAAAAUGUUUAACGAUGAUGAAUCAGAAAUAAAACAUAAGCGAAAAAAACACAAGAAAAAUCAUGUGGAUGAACAAGUUGAACAAGAAACUGAACUUGUUGAAACAAAACAAGAAACUAAUUAUAUUACAACCGAACAACCAAUAUCAAAAAAGAAGAAAAAACAUAAAAUUGAGCAUUUAACUGAAGAUGCAAUACUAACAGAGUUAAAAGAAGAAGACCGUGAGCAACAACAAGUACAGUUAGAAAUUGAAGAUGAAAUUAAAGCAGAAAAAAAGAAAAAGAAGAAAAAAAGACAUCAUUCAGAAUCACUAGAUAGUGAACAAGCAAACAUUGAACUUUCCACUUCCGUUGAGGAUAAACCACAAUUAACAAUGAUUUUGCCAACAUUCAUAAACAGUUUAGAUUUUUCGUCACUAUUUCCUGGCUCAAAUCUACCUAACGUAGCCGGUUAUGAAGGUUAUCAUGUUGAUAAAUCUUUAGAUGAAGUAAUUCGACUCAAAGCAAAACAGAAACGAAAUAAACAGCGACAGAAACAUAAAUUGCUUACAUCAAAUUCUAAUAUUCCAUAUGGCACAAUAUUGUUUUUCAUUUAUAUUCGUUUCAUUAUUCUCUACAACUUGGAUAUAAAAAAAUCAAGACAAAUGAAACGUGUUUUACAAAGUCAUCCUACGAAUCUCAUUUAUCAACGAUUUCGUUUUCAAUCUACAACAUCAACAGAUGCUGCUUGCAAGAAUAGUCAUCGUAUUAGUUCAUUUAUUCAAUCAAAAUUAAUGACAGCGGAGGAUGUUGCAUAUAAAUUACCAAAACAUUUAACAUUAGGUACAUCAGGAUUUACACCAGCCGGUUAUCCAAAAAUGAUUGUACCUGCUUACGCUAAACGUAUUAUGGAAGCAAAAAAACGUUCGGGAGAUAAUAAUGAAUUUUCUAUAAAUCUUUUUACCGGUGCAAGUGUGGGUGACGAACUAGAUGGUGUUUUAGCAAGAACAGGCACAUUAAAAUUAAGAAUACCCUAUCAAUCGCAUAUAGAUAUUAGAAAAUUAAUUAACAAUGGUAAUUUGAAUUAUAUCGAUAUGCAUUUGUCUCAUGUUGGACGUUAUAUCCGUGAGGGUAUAUUUCCGCCUAUUGACGUGGCCAUAGUUGAAGCAUGUGAUGUAACAUCAGAUGGUAGAAUCUAUUUAACAAAUUCAAGCGGGAUGAGUGGAACAUAUUUGGCUUUAGCAAAAGAUAUUUAUAUUGAACUGAAUGAAGCACACCCGAUGGAAAUGAAAGGACUUCAUGAUAUGUUUCUACCAGAUAGCCUCCAUGGAAGACCGAUUAAUAUUGACCACGUUGACGAUCGAAUUGGAACACCGUACUUCCAGGUGGAUCCGAAACGUAUUAAAGGUAUUGUACGAACAAACGUAUUCGAUUCGGCUAAAGGAUUUAAAAAACCGGAUGAUAUCAGUUUUAAAAUAGCCAAUAAUAUUCUAGAAUUUAUUCUAAAUGAAGUUGAUCACGGACGUAUUCCAAAAGAAUUACUACCAUUUCAAUCUGGCGUGGGAAAUGUGGCUAAUGCUGUUUUAUCUUGUAUAGCUGCUGAUAAGCGUUUCGAACAGAUUGAAAUGUAUACUGAAGUGAUACAAGAUUCAAUAUUUGCUCUACUAGAUGCUGACAAACUCAAAUUUGCUUCAACUACAGCCUUGACAUUUUCACCGCAAGGUCAAAUAAGAUUUUUUAAUGAAAUAAAUGAAUUGAAACAAAAAUUUGUGUUACGCCCGAUGGAAAUAUCGAAUCAUCCAGAAGUCGUACGUCGAAUGGCAUUAAUAACAAUGAAUACAGCUUUAGAAUGUGAUAUUUAUGGUAAUGUAAACUCGACGCAUGUUCUCGGAUCAAGUAUGAUGAACGGAAUUGGAGGCAGUGGGGAUUUUACAAGAAAUGCAUAUAUAUCUGUCUUCAUGGCACCAUCAACAGCCAAAGGUGAAACGAUAUCGGCCUUCGUACCAAUGGUAUCUCAUGUUGAUCAUAAUGAACACAGCGUUCAAGUAAUGGUCAGUGAACAUGGUCUGGCUGAUUUAAGAGCUAAAACGCCCAAACAACGUGCAAAAUUAAUUAUUGAAAAAUGUGCACAUCCGAAAUAUCGUUCACAACUAUUAGACUAUUUUAAUCACGCUCAAAAAGUGUCAUUUGCCCAACAUACACCACAUGAUUUGAAGACAGCUCUGUCAUGGCAUGUCAGACUACAAGAAACUGGCUCCAUGCUGGAAGGAGAUACGACUACUAAAACAGCCACACGGAUAACGAAAAAAGAUACAGAUAGAGCUGCUAAGAAAUUAGAUGAAACAAGUGUUAAAUAA